AUGGAAACACCACCCACUGCGAACCUGCGGAGCAAAACCCGACGCGCCCUGGACGAACUCAACGGAGCAACCACGAUGGCGCCCGAGCAACCGACCAAGACGAAGCGAAACAACCCCUUCCUGCCCACCCCUCUCGAGACCCUCGUCGUCGCCGCUUUUCCCGUCAUCCUGUUCUUCGGGACUCUCUUCUCGCUGCUCUCCCCCGACGUCCGGUCCUCGCAGUACGACCAUGCCUCCCAAGCCCACGUCCAAGACACCGCACCUUCCUACUUCGCGCGAAAGUCGAACCUCUUCAACGUCCUCUUCGUAAAGAGAGGCUGGUUCUGGAUCACCGCUGCCUUCUUCGCCUUUAUCUUCACCCACCCCGCGACCGUCCACUCGACCCGUCGGAUACAGGCCACCCUCCGCUGGGUGCUCGUCACAACGUGGUGGUUCUUCGUGACGCAAUGGUUCUUCGGGCCUGCCAUCAUUGACCGAGGGUUCCGGUGGACUGGAGGAAAGUGUGAGAUUAUUGAGGAAAAGGUCGAGCUCGGCGAGGGAGAUGCUAAGGAGGUCUUCACGGCUGUGGCGUGCAAGGCUGCUGGUGGAAAGUGGCGCGGUGGACACGAUAUUAGUGGACACGUAUUUCUGCUGGUCCUCGGCUGCGGCUUUCUGCUUUCCGAGGUCGGCUGGGUUGUUCUCCGAUGGAAGGGCGCAAGGCGAGAGGAGCGCAGCGUCGUUAUGACGGAUGGCGCGACAAAGACAGCCACCGUCGAGGCUCAGGGUCUGCAGGGAGAGCCCGUUCCUGGUGAUGCUCUCGGGCUCGGGGGCAAGUUCGCCGUUGGCGUGAUUGGUCUCAGCUCUUGGAUGUUGCUUAUGACUGCCAUCUACUUCCACACCUGGUUUGAAAAGAUUACUGGCCUUGCAACCGCCCUUUCGGCUCUGUACGGCGUCUACAUCCUUCCUCGUUUUGUUCCUGCGAUACGCCAGGUCGUUGGCUUGCCCGGAAUCUGA